AUCUGCUCACCUUGGCCUCCCAAAAUGCUGGGAUUACAGGUGUGAGCCACCGCCCUGGCCUGAUCCAUUAUUUUUGACAAAUGCAUAAUAUCAUGUGUCCAUCAUUACAAUAUCAUACAGAGUAGUUUCACUGCCCUGAAAAUUCCCUGUGCUCCACCUAUUCAUCCCCCUCUCCUUCUCCCAAAUCUCUGGCAACCAUAAUCUGUUUACUGUCUCUGUAGUUUUGCCUUUUCCAGAAUGUCAUAUGGUUAAAUACAGGAUGUAGUUUUCAGACUGACUUCUUCACCUAGGAAUCUGCAUUUAAGUUUCUUUCUUUUUGUGUGUGUGUGUGUGUGUGUGUGUGUGUGUGACUUGAUGACUCAGUUUUUUUCUUUUUAGUACUAAAUAAUAGCAUGGGAUUCUACAGUUUAUUUAUCCAUUCACUUACAGAAGGACAUCUUGGUUGCUUCCAAGUUUUGGCAGUUAUGAAUAAAGCUAUAUUGCUUCCAGAAACAUUCAUGUGCAGGUUUUGAGUAAACAAAAUUUUCAAUUUAUUUGGGUAAAUACCAAGUAAUGCAAUUGCUGAAUCAUAUGGGAAGAGUAUGUUUAGUUUUGUAAAAAACCGCCUGUCUUCCAAUGUGGCUGUAGCAUUUUGCAUUCCCACCAGCAAUGAAUGAGUGUUCCUGCUGCUCCACAUCCUUGCCAGCAUUUGGUGGCCCUUUUUUCCUUUCUUAAACAGAGCUAUGUUAUUGUUGAUUUGUACUGAGUUUACUGCCAAGCAGGAUGCCCUAGACGUUUUUAUAUGACUUGGCUGCUGAGCCACAUUCUUUUUCUCUCAAACUUGUGCAGUUAUUCUUUGGACUUGCCUUAGUGGUCUUUCUUUUCUUUUGCACCUCUCCCAGAUGCCCUGGGCUUGGUCUCUUUUACUUAUCAGGUGCAUUCAUAAGCCAAUUGCUUAUUGACUAUAUUACUGUUAAGGACUCACACUUGCAACAUUUCCCUCGGGAUUGCCUUUGGGAGACUAAAGGUGCCUCUCUAGAGGUCGCUGGGAGUUGACAUUCAUCUCCGGAUCAGAUGGUCCGUAGACAAUAACUGACUGUAUGGAGGUAGAAGAACUGAACUCCCUUGCCCCUAAGAGGGACAAAUGCUCUUAAGGAAGUUAUACACUCCAGAGCUCCCUGGGGGAUUAGGCAGGAACCAGGGUAAACCUAAAAACACAUCCUAGCUUAGCUUCUUCCCCUUCUCCAACUUCAUCUCUCACUUCCUACAGGUUUCUCCUGAGGGCACAACCUUAAUAAAUCACUUGCACAUGCAUCCCAAACUCAGGCUUUGUUGCUAGGGAAUCUGACCUAAUUUUAUGACCUCUUUCAAUUAUAGCAUGUAAUUGUUUCUAAUAUUUUUGACUAUUAUAACCAUUCCUUUAAAAAAUGGUAAUGACCUUACUUCAAAUAGGUUAUUUUGAAUUGCUCAUGCAUUGUUGCUUGUAUUUAUUGAAUCUCUAAGGGCAAGACUUUGUCAGGAAAAGAAUUACCUUUUCAAUAUUACAGUGAAUGUCAAUGGGAAAAUCAGAUCAAUGUGAUAAAUCUUUACGGCUAAGUAAACAUGUAUGGAAUCGAUCUGUUCCAUUAGGUGAGGAUUAACUCCACUGUCACUGAGCUGUUGACAGUGGUGUCAUUUUAAGAAGACAGUCUAUUUCAGUCUCAUGAGUGUCAGGAUUUAUGUGCUAGAGGUACCUUUUACUCUUUAAAAUAUUACCAUUUGGUUUUGUCUGAAUGACACCUAUCCUUUAUUUUUAUUUUUAGUGGUGGACACCUACUUGGCCAAAAAGUUUGGGUUUUCAAUGAAAGACCCAUUUCUGUGUCCCAGUAUUAUGUGUUUUGGGGCACAGCCUCGUAUCAAGGGGAAAAGUCCCUGAAAAUAUUGUCAGCACCACUCCUGGUGGCCCUGGAUCCUCACAUAUGGAAGUUCUUGCCUAAAAUGCAUCACCUAAUCAGAAUGACACAUCACAAGAUGAGAAGUUUUCACUGUGAGUCCAGAGACGAGUUCAGCAAGAAAGAUUAUUUUUCAAUCAGAAAUGUUCUAGCUUCAAUCCAAACCAAAGAAGGUCUGAACCUCAAGUUGAUAAGUGGAGAUGUUCUGUACAUCUGGGCUGAUGUCAUUGUCAACACCGUUCCCAUGAAUCUUCAGCUGGGAGGAGGAUCGCUAUCUUGGGCAAUUUUGCACAAAGCUGGUCCCAUGCUCCAGAAAGAGUUAGAUGCCACCAGGCAGGAAGCAGAGGAGAAAGUGGGUAGCAUAUUCAUGACAAGUGGCUGCAAUCUGGACUGCAAAGCUGUGCUCCAUGUCGUGGCUCCAGGCUGGGAUAAUGGGGCAGGGACUUCUUGGCAGAUCAUGGCAAAUAUAAUCAAGAAAUCUUUGACAACCGUAGAUCAGCUAUCUUUCUCAUCAAUCACAUUUCCCCUGAUUGGAACAGGAAAUCUGCAGUUUCCCAAAGCUGUUUUUGCUAAACUAAUCCUUUCAGAAGUGUUCAAAUACAGUAGCAGAGCAAGGCCGAAAACUUUACAAGAAGUCCACUUUCUGGUACAUGCAGAUGACGAUGAAGGCUAUCAGGCAUUUUUAGAUGAAUUCACUAAAUGGUCAAGAAGAAAUCCCAACAAGGCCAGGAUUCCCAUGGCUGGAGAUACCCAAGGUACCUUCGGGACUGUCUCUAAUCCUUGGUUCACAGCAUAUGAAAUGAAAAUUGGUGCAAUUACUUUUCAGGUUGCUACUGGAGACAUAACUGAAGAAAAGGUAGAUGUUAUUGUAAACUCAACAACAAGGACAUUUAGUCUGAAAUCAGGUGUGUCAAAGGCUAUUUUAGAAGGUGCUGGACCAGCUGUGGAAAAUGAAUGUGCUAUGCUAGCUGCACAGCCUCACGGAGAUUUUAUAAUUACACAAGGUGGAGGCUUAACAUGCGAAAUAAUAAUUCAUGUUCUUGGGGAAAAUGAUGUCAGGAGAACGGUCACCAGUGUUCUAGAAGAGUGUGAACAGAGGAAGUACACCUCAGUUUCCCUUCCAGCCAUUGGAACAGGAAAUGCCAGAAAAAACCCAAUCACAGUUGCUGAUAACAUAAUUGAUGCUAUUGUAGACUUCUCAAGGAAACAUUCCACCCCAUCAUUAAAAACUGUUAAAGUUGUCCUCUUUCUACCUGAGCUGCUAAAUAUAUUCUAUGACAGCAUGAGAAAAAGAGACACCACCGCAUCACCAACCUUUCAAUCCACAUUCUCCACAACUACAUAUAAUCUUCCUGAACACUGGACUGACAUGAAUCAUCAGCUAUCUUGCAUGGUCCAGCUACACCCAGGACAAUCAGAAUAUAAUACCAUAAAGGACAAGUUCACCCAAACUUGUUCUUCCUACACAAUAGAGAAGAUUGAGAGGAUACAGAAUGCGUUUCUUUGGCAGAGCUACCAGGUAAAGAAAAAGCACAUGGAUAUCAAGAAUGGCCAUACAAAUAAUGAGAGACUCCUCUUCCAUGGGACAGAUGCAGAUUCAGUGCCACAUGUCAAUCAGCAUGGCUUUAAUCGAAGUUAUGCUGGGAAGAAUGCUGUAGCCUAUGGAAAAGGAACCUAUUUUGCUGUGGAUGCCAGUUAUUCUGCCAAGGACACCUACUCCAGGCCAGACAGCAAUGGGAGAAAGCACAUGUACGUUGUGCGAGUACUUACUGGAGUCUACACACAGGGACAUGCAGAAUUAGUUGCCCCUCCACCCAAGAAUCCUCACAGUGCCACAGAUCUCUUUGACUCAGUGACAGAUGAUACACUAUAUCCAAGGCUAUUUGUGGUAUUCUUUGAUAAUCAGGCUUACCCAGAAUAUCUCAUAACUUUCAGGUGUUAAAAAUAUUUUCACCAUCAAAGAGAUGAUUUAAGUCAUCUGUAAGAACAACGUGCAGUCUUUGUCUUUGCUUUUGGCUUGUUUAAGCAGAUAAAACUUUCCCUUUCAGGUGCUAACAUGCUGAAAAUUACCUUUUUAAAAUGCUCUAUCGCUGCAAUUUGUAGCAUACCUUUUUUUCUGAACAAAUUGGUGGGUGGAAGCUGAGAAAUGUAUGGUAAAUGUCACAGUUAUAGCUACAACUAUUCACAGACACCAAAUCUCUAGGAGAACAAAAAGCACAUUAUUCUUUUCUAUCAGGAAAAAAACAAGAUACAUCAUCUUAAAGCCAAAAUGACAUUGCUCUUCUUGGAACAUGUUAAGGCCUCGAACUGUGGCAGGUUAAACUGUACUACUUAAGUGGAGAGGCUACUGUUACACAUCUUUAACAGCUGGGGAUUUCACCUUAUUAAGAUAAACUUGUCAAUAGUUCAGCUGAAAUGACUGAAUCACAGAAUAUGACCUCAACUCUGUUAUGGAACACAUCAUAACAGAUUUUCCCUGUUUACAUUUCAGGUAAAAAUGUAUUGCAUUAUCUAUUGCUAUGUAAAAAUGACUCCCAAUUUUAGUGACUUAAUCCCACACAAUCUUUGUGGAUCAGGAAUUCAGGUCUGCUAGGGUGUCUCUGAAGUUACAGACAAGAUGUGAAGGGAUGCGGUCAUCUGAAGGCUUGUCUGGGCUGGGGGUCUAUUUCCAAGGUGAAUCACUCACAUACCUGCACAUUUCUGCUGGGUACUGGCAGUCCUCAGUGCCUCUCCACAGGCUGCUUGAGUGUCCUCAUGACACAACAGCUGGCUUACUCCACAGUGAGCAACUCAGGAGAGCAAGGCAGAAGCCACCAAGUCUUUAUGACUGAAGUCAUACACUACUGAGAACAAGCUCGGUCUGGAGACCCCCACCCAGGCAGGCUGAAGGUAUUUGAGAGGCAGACACUCAGAUAACACAACAAGAUGGACCUAUCCUGGGGACCAACAGCCUGACAGUCUAUGGGGCUGACAGCUUUCUAGGACUGAAGGCCCUGAGCAAAGCUUCAUUCACUCUUUUGCUCUUUGACAGGUGAUUCUUAUUAAUACACAGGUGUUUUACAUAUUCACGUAACUCAGGAAUAUACCAGGUAGGCAGUUAUUACCCACCUACCACUAAUAACAAACUAAAAGUAACUUCAUUGGGGGAGGGUAAACUUAAUGUUUCUCAACAAUACACCAUGUUUUCUGAAGUAUCCUAUUGAUUACUUGGAUCAACUUGUUCAAUCCGGGAGGGAAUUGCACAAGGGCAUGAAUACACACUGGCAGGGCUCAUUGGGGGCCAUCUUGGAAGUUGUAUGAUUGAGCAAAUGAAUGCACAAAUAGAAUGUUAGCAGUAAAAAUGAUAUUAGAGGUCCCCUACCCCACUGUCCUCUUGUCCUUCUCCCCCAGCCUUCCCCUGCUCCCAGGCAAGAAGCCCUCUAACCUCUGCUUGAUCACUUUCAGCACUCAGCAUCUUGAUGGAACCUAUCCCACUGUGGGACAGCAUUAUUUACUGGAAAACUUUUUUUUCAAAAGUUGAAAUCAGUUCCUCUGUGUAUAUUACCUACUGAUCACUGUCCAGACCUAUGGAGGACACAGAAUAAGUUUUAUUCCUCCUACUGAUGGUAGCCUUUCAGAUCCAUCCCUUCCCUCCAGUAUAUUAGAAUCACGUAAAUUCUUAAAAUGCUUAACAGCUCAUUUCUCCUGAAGCAUCGCUUUUGAAGAGUUAUAGACAUUUAAGAAGUAUUUACAUUAUUAUAAAUAAAUUGCAUGCACAUUUAAAGAGGACAGAAGAGUAUAAAGAAAAAUAACUCACCAAACUCACUCGUAAUUUCAGCACUAAGGGAAAACCACUGCCAAUUUCUCAUGUUCUCCCUUCCAGUUUCUUCUCCAUCCAAAUUCAACAAAGUCAAAAUCACAUUUUGUGCAGUCAUGAAUCAUAUAAUAUUAUUUCUAUUAUUUUUCAUUUAACAUUACAAGUUGUUCUCUUGUGGUGUUAUUUUUUCUGCAAACACAAUUUUAAUGGCUGAGUUAUUCUGUUUUGUAUCUUUUCCUUAUUUUUAUGUACAUAGAAUUAUAGUUUUAAAAACUGUGAUCAUCUUAUAGUUUAAUAAUCAGUUUUAUUUUGCAGUGUAUCAUUUUCCUCAUGUCAUUAAAUAUUUUAUGUAUCAUUUUUAAUGGUCGCAUAGUAUUUCAUUGCAUGUUUCUACCUAUAUGUCAUGUCAAAAUAAGGCACCUAUAUUUCUUGAUAAAUAUGAGGUUAGAAUAUGAGAUGUAAAGAUCCUAAUGUACCUUCAAAAGGCAGUUAAAAUGCUCUAUUGCUGCAAUUUGUAGGAUACCUGAAGGAAAUACAGUCCCAGAGAACAAAGCAAGGUUAAGUAAUGCAGUUACUGCCUGGACCUUGGCUCUUAGUCCCAGUGCAGAAUUCUAGUGAGCCAUGUUAGAACAGGAAAGGACUCCUAGCCUGGGCAACAUAGGGAGACCCUGUCUAUUUUUAUUCUACAAAAAAAAAAAAAUUAGCCCAGCAUGGUGGUGCAUGCCUGUGGUCCCAGCUACUUGGGAGGCUGUGGUGGGAGGAUCGCUUGGACCAGGGGGUUGAGGCUGCAGUGAGCCAUGCUCUUCCCACUUCAGUCCAGCCUGGAUCACAGAGCAAAACACUAUCUCAAAAA